AGAUCCUUCUGCUGUUCAGGGGUCUAUGGAUGUUUAUAAAACGAAGGGGGCGGGGGAUGUUCUGCCAGUCCCCAUUUGCAGAAGCAAUAUGUCGGGUGGCACUCCGUCUGCUGUUGUACAUGGCACGUAUGCGGCAGGUAUCUUUAAGCUUCUCCGCAUUCUAGGUUUUCCUGGAAUUUCAAAGAAUCAAUGGUGUGCACCCUCGGCAGCUGGAGACAAUUGCAGAGCGAUACAUGGUGUCACUUCUGACAUUGGCGGGAAAAAAAGUUGAAACAUUCAGCAUGGAGCUGCUGACCAAGGCCGAAACUGUCCCCGAUGGAGGCUGGAUGAAAACUUUGGCUUUUCUGCUCACACUGCCCAGGAUGGUCAAAGAACGGCCAUCUUUCCUGAGAAGCUCGGCACCAUGGUUCGCUGCAUAUCCACUUGUUCUGUGGACCGACAACAUGGAGGAACUCGGCCAGUCUGCCAUCCAAGUGGAAAACCAGAUCAUAAAGGCAGAGAACCCAGCGCAGGCAGUCAUUGCUGCAUUCUGCUUGCAUUGGGUGUUGAACUUUGUGUAUGAGCCAGCAUCCAGGGCAUUCUACACAACUCUGGAGCACUUGCUUAGCAUCACUAACACCAAACCGACAGGCAUGGUCGUAAGGCUGCUCUCGAACCUGGAAAAGGUAGCAUGAAACUGGAAUAAACCAUCGAAAGGUUAAUA